GUAUUGCUGACUCUGAUGAAAACGCACAGCAUAACCUUUAAUGACUGAACGUUGUUUUGGCAGCAAAUGAGUCCUUCAGAUGGAAACCUGCAGACUGACAUUCAUGUUUGAGACAUGAAGAUACUGGCACCGAUUGUUGGUCUGACUAGACCGAGAUGGAAUCCACAAGCUACCCCUCUUUGGUUUCUCAAAAGGUCCAUAUCAACACAUUAUGAUAUCUUGGGAAUAAAAAAGAAUGCCACCGAAGAAGAUAUAAAGAGUGCUUAUGUAAAGCUAUGUAAAAAGUACCAUCCUGAUGUCAGCUCUUACCAAAACUCAGCGAAGAAGUUCAAUGAGAUUGCAGAGGCUUACGCUGUCCUAGGCAACAAAAAGUCGAAGGUGAUAUACGACAGAAUAUAUAACCCACCAUCAUAUUCUGGUCCGACACAAGCCAACAGGUACCAAGGACAACAUGGGUACAGAUCUAGGGAUAAUACCUUUAACAGUCAGAGACGACAGAACUCUCCAGAGGCUCACUACAGACCGGUGACAUUUUCCUCCAGUAGAAGAGGUGAAGAAAAUGCGUACGGGCGAGCUGCUGGGUUCAUGGCCGUAACAGGAGCUCUGUCUGUAGGAUUCCUUACUCUCAUAUUGGUGGUUCGAAAAAGCACAACAGUAGAUAAAAAGUUACGGGAGAAACAUGCAGAGGAGAUGCAUAUGUUGAUCACAGGGAAGAGUAUUAACCCAACUGAAAGAAGCAAACUUGACAAAACUGUUACAGCAGAAAAAUUUCGACAGAUUAAAUUCUAAGAGAGAGACAUUAGUCACUUUCUAGCAGCUCAACUUCAGCGGUGCAGCUCCCAGGGGCAUACAACUCUGUCAGUCUGAACAGGUGUGAGGCUGGAGAAUCAGACUCUGUCCCUCGGCCUGUCAACAACUUGUCACUUAUCAACCAUGAAUUCAAAUUAUAAAAUUUAUUAAGUACACAUGUUAUUUUAUAUAAAAAUUAGUUUUAAAUAAUUGCCCCAAACCAAAGAAAGAUUUCUUUGAAUAUUUGCCUUGGAUUAAAAUUGAUGAAUUAAUCAAUUUUAUCUCUUUGCACAUAAUUUUGUGUUUUUUUCACAAUGUUGUUUUACUAAAUGCCAUUCCUGUCAAAUUAUAGCUUUGGAUAUUCUUAUGAUCUGUUCAAAUGACUUCAAGAAUACAUUGAUAUGUCUGUUGUUUCAAUGUCUGUUGUUUCAUAAGGAUUUCUUACAGCUGAUUAAGUAUGUACACUUACAGGUUUUUUAUCAUGUCCAAAAAUGGAAUAUGUUGUUAUUGCAGUAAGCCAGUGGAUGUAUAUAAAUCAGUAUGAGGUAGCUAUGUAGAUAUGUGUCAUACCUGAAUAUUGAGAUAUAUAUUUUACUAAAUACAAUCAAGGAUACAGAUGACAGUUUCGUAUUAAAGGUUCAAGGUUUUACAGGUGUUGGAACAGAUCAGCACUACGUGUACUUGUUUUUUAUAAUAUAUUUCACAAGAUGAUUAAGACGUUUGUAUAAUUCCUUCAUCAUUUUGUGACUCCCGAUAUUAAGUCUUUCAAUAUUUUUUGUAUUAAUUGUCUAGUGAUUGCAUGAGCUACAAUUGGAUCAAUGGUUCCAAACAGGGACUUUUAUUAUUUUGGUGAGCAUGUAUGUAUAGGGUGAAAGGUUGUUGGUGUGAAAUGGAAAUAAAAAAUAAAAAUCAUACCUCCUAUAA